AUGUACCGACAACUAUCGACGAAUGACUGUCCAACUGAAGAGAAGUUAUAAACGGGAAGAUUCUCUGGCGAGUUCCGGUGACGUCCUGCGCAUAGCCUACCGGUUGCAACUUGAUGUUGUUGAUAGACGGUCCGAACAACAACGACUACAGUUUGUAGCACUUGCAUGCACCUGUUUCCUUCCACCUCACGCAGUGUCUUUACCUCCUCUCCCUGCUGCCACUCUUUCAAAUCGCAUUCGCAGCUCUGUUUUUGUCGUCCGUUUUCACGGCUUCCAACAUUUCCGACAGUUUUCGACAGCGUGUGAACGCAGCAGAGCUGUUUGCGCGCCAAACCGCAGCCAUCGCCGACCUGAGCUAAACAACAUCCACCAAUGUGUUUGGGGAAAAGACAGACAAGAUAAAGAUAGACCUGCCCAAGAGAGAUUAAACUGAAUAUUCAGUCAGUUGCUGAAACUAGCAAACAUUUGGUUGCUGUUGUUGUUGUUGUUGUUUUUUACCGAAAGGCAAAACUGUGGCAAUGUUUCGCAACAAGUCUGCCUGGUUUUCGAGCAGUGUGCCAGAGGCCGGUCACGACUUCUGGAUACAUAACGGUGGGAGCACUGCUGGUUGGAGGACUGCAGAUUAUCUGUUCAGUGUGGAUGCUACAUGUCCAGAUACUCUGAGGAUAUAUGAAAGCAGAGAUUAUCUGCGGAAGAAGGUGACUAUUUUCCAGAGUUUGUUCCUGUCUGCCUGCGAGAAGCGCCAGAGUGUGAAGUCCGUGUACAUUGGUCAUUAUGUGCUGCCUCCAGCCUCAGUACAAGACGAGGUCAGAAACGUGGUCGGCAGGUUGAUUUGGGAGUGUGAAGACGAGCAGUCUGUGGCUCAGGGUUGCCAUGAGACACAAGAUGACUUCAGUGAAAUGGAAGUCAGCAGAAGCAAUUUUGAAUCAUCUAACACAGACUCAUCAGAAGGUGAAGCCCCUGUGUGUGAUCUCUUGCAGGGUUAUCCAGUUACAAACAUGCAAACAGGGUAUGUCAGCAUGGACUCCCUGCAGAAAUAUUCAGGUAAUCUGUGUGAUUUCCAUCCCGAGUUUUUCGGAUGCUCCAGCUGUGAAGCCAACACAUCAGCAAACAUGCGCUAAGAGAAAAGCAUGGUAAAGAAGACGAAGUACCACUUGCUCUUGCAACUGCUGCAAGAUGUAGAUAAUGUACUGACAGACGUGUUAUUAUUGUUUUUUUUAUUUCACCUGCAUUGCGCCUCCUGCUCUUAUAUUUGCAGUGUAUAUAAACUGAUAUAAAAUAAAUGAAUGUAACGUG